GGGUGCUGCGGGGCGGGGCGGCAGGGUAGGGGCGCGCGCGCGGGGCCGGUCCCGCCGCUCGCCGUGAGGGGGAGCGGAAUCUCCCGCCAUUUUUCAACCGUCCCGCCCGGGCCCCGUCGGGUCUUACCAUGGCGCCGCUACUCGGCCGCAAGCCGUUUCCGCUGGCUAAGCCAUUGCCGCCGGGGGAGCCGGGCGAGCUGUUCGUCAUCCCCCACACGCAGGAGGCCUUCCGCACCCGCGAAGAGUACGAAGCACGUUUAGAGCGAUACAGCGAGCGGAUCUGGACGUGCAAGAGCACCGGAAGCAGCCAGCUGACACACAAAGAGGCUUGGGAGGAGGAGCAGGAAGUUGCUGAGCUCUUAAAGGAGGAGUUUCCUAUCUGGUAUGAGAAACUGGUCCUGGAAAUAGUCCACCACAACACUGUGUCAUUGGAAAAGUUGGUGGAUGCAGCUUGGUUGGAGAUCAUGACCAAAUUCGCAGUGGGUGAAGAGUGUGACUUUGAGGUUGGUAAGGAGAAAAUGUUGCCUGUAAAAGUUGUGAAAAUGCAUCCCCUGGAGAAAGUUGAAGAAGAGGCCUCAGAAAAAAAAUCUGACGGAGCUUGUGAUUCUCCAUCCAGUGACAAGGAGAACUCCAGCCAGGCAGCCCAGGACAACCAGAAGGAAGUGAUGCUGAAGGAAGAUGACAGCAGGAGGGAUAGUAUGAAUGAUCGAGCACGUAGGUCUCCUCGAAAGCUUCCCACUUCGUUGAAGAAGGAAGAAAGGAAGUGGGUCCCACCUAAGUUCCUGCCACACAAAUAUGAUGUCAAACUGAAAAAUGAAGAUAAGAUCAUCAGCAACGUUCCAGCAGAUAGCUUAGUCCGUACAGAGCGUCCUCCCAACAAGGAGAUCCUGAGGUACUUCAUCCGUCACAAUGCGCUACGUGCUGGCACGUGUGAGAACGCUCCCUGGGUUGUGGAGGAUGAGUUAGUGAAGAAGUACUCUCUCCCCAGUAAAUUCAGUGACUUCUUGCUUGACCCACAUAAGUAUAUGGCUCUCAAUCCCUCAGCCAAGAGGAAGAGCUCUCGGUCACCUGAAAGAAAGCUUCCUAAGAAAUCCAAAGCAGAUGGAUCUUCACUGGGACAGCCACUGAGUCCAACCCUGUGGUGUCACGUGCAUUUGGAAAAAUCUAUAAUUGGCUCUCCGCUGAAGGUGAAAAACUCUAAGAACUCAAAUUGUCCUAAAGAGGAGCUGGAAGAGGUGAUGAAAAUUGUGUCACCUGCUAAACUUGGUUCUAACUUUCACAUUCCAAAGAGGAGCCGACUAGGAAAGGGGAACAGCAAAUCCUUGGACAAAAAGCAAAGAGGCAAAAAGGUUCUGAAUGGGCAGAAGUCAUCGGGGAAGGCAAAGUCUCCCAGAAAAGGUUUGAAGACCCCCAAGAUGAAAAUGAAGCAAAUUACACUGCUGGACAUGGCUAAAGGUACCACUAAGGUAUCCAGGGCUCCCAGGAAUUCCGGAGGCACCCCUGGAUCUUCCAGGAAACCCCAGAAACAUCUGCCUCCUGCAGCGCUCCAUCUCAUUGCCUAUUACAAAGAAAACAAAGACAGGGAAGACAAAAAAAGUGCUCUGUCCUGCAUCAUCUCCAAAACAGCUCGGCUGCUUUCCAAUGAGGACCGUGCCCGUCUCCCUGAGGAUUUACGAGGCUUGGUACAGAAACGCUAUGAGCUCCUGGAACACAGGAGGAGAUGGGCCACCAUGACGGAGGAACAGCGGAAGGAGUACAUGAAGAAGAAAAGGGAAAAGCUGAAAGAGAAACUGAAGGAAAGAGCAAAGGAGCGGAAGGAGAAGGAGAUGAAGGAAAAACUGGAAAAACAGAGGAGAUUUGAGGACCAAGAUCUGAAAGGGAAGACAUUGCCUACUUUUAAGCUGGUUGAUACUCCAGAGGGACUUCCUAACACACUUUUUGGGGAUGUGGCCAUGGUGGUGGAGUUCCUGAGCUGUUACUCAGGGCUACUGAUGCCAGAUGCUCAGUAUCCCAUCACAGCAGUGUCCCUGAUGGAAGCCCUUUGUGCAGAAAAGGGAGGCUUCCUGUACUUGAACAGAGUACUGGUCAUUCUCUUGCAGACCCUGCUGCAGGAUGAAAUUGCUGAGGAUUAUGCUGAGCUGGGAAUGAAACUUUCUGAAAUCCCACUUACUCUGCAUUCCGCUUCAGAGUUGGUUCGCCUCUGCCUGCGCAAGUCAGAUGUGCAAGAGGAAAGCGAGGUCUCAGAUAACAUAGAUGAAAGUAAGGAUUUGGCAGCUUUCGAGGAUAAUGAGGUACAGGAUGAGUUUUUGGAGAAACUGGAGACAUCAGAGUUCUUUGAGCUGACUCCUGAAGAGAAAUUGCGGAUCCUUGGAGCACUGUGUCACCGGAUCCUAAUGACAUACUCUGUUCAGGACCAUGUGGAGGCCAAGCAACAGGCCUCGGCUGAGCUGUGGAAAGAGCGCUUGGCUGUCCUGAAGGAGGAAAAUGACAAGAAGAGGGCAGAGAAACAGAAACGAAAAGAAAUGGUGGCUAAAACCAAGGAGAAUGGGAAAGAAGAGCAUGUGAUGGGAAGAAAUGAAAAGAAAAAACACGAAAUUAUGAAAAUAGAGCACCGGGUGGAAAUCGAAGCUGAUGAUAUGAUCAGUGCUGUGAAGAGCAGGCGCCUUCUUGCCAUCCAAGCCAAGAAAGAGAGGGAACAACAAGAAAUACAAAUGAGAGUGAGGAUGGAGAAAGAAGCAGAGGAAGAAAGAAUCCGGAGGCAUAAAGCUGCUGCUGAGAAAACUUUCCAGGAUGGAAUUGCUAAAGCCAAACUGGUGAUGCGCAGGACCCCAAUUGGCACUGACAGGAAUCACAACAGGUACUGGCUGUUUUCAGAUGAAGUUCCUGGUUUGUUUAUUGAGAAAGGCUGGGUACAUGAGAGUAUAGACUACAGAUUUACCCUUCCCCAUCAGAAAAAGGAAGAUUCGAAGAAAGACUACAGCCCUGGAGAGAAGCGGAAGAGCACAGGCAAUGACAGCCGAGGGAACAAGCUGCACCGCUCCAUGCCCACCACAGACCUGCCUGCUGAGACCACCACUCCCAAGCAGGGCCAGAACUUAUGGUUUCUCUGUGACAGUCAGAAGGAUUUGGAUGAACUGCUGGAUUGCCUGCACCCCCAAGGAGUAAGGGAGAGCCAGCUCAAGGAGCGCUUGGAGAAAAAGUAUCAGGACAUCACACAUUCCAUCCAUUUGGCUCGGAAACAGAACUUGGGCCUCAAAUCUUGUGAUGGCAACCAGGAACUGCUGAACUACCUCCGGAGUGAUCUAAUUGAGGUUGCAACGCGGCUGCAGAAGGGAGGCCUGGGAUAUGUUGAUGUGACACCAGAAUAUGAAGCAAAAGUGUACUCACUGGAGAGCCUAAAGGAUUUUGGAGAGUGUGUGAUUGCGCUCCAGGCUGGUGUUGUUAAGAAGUUUCUGCAAGGUUUCAUGGCCCCUAAGCAGAAGAGAAGGAAACACCAAGGAGAGGAUUUCAUUGCCAGGGCGGACGAGAUAGAUGAAGACAAGAAAAUGGCAGAAGAAGCCAAGGUUGCUUCAGCCAUGGAGAAAUGGAAGACAGCAAUCCGUGAGGCCCAGACCUUCUCCCGUAUGCAUGUACUGCUGGGGAUGCUGGAUGCCUGUAUCAAGUGGGAUAUGUCAGCAGAGAAUGCCAGAUGCAAAGUGUGUCGCAAGAAAGGUGAGGAUGACAAGCUGAUCCUGUGUGAUGAGUGUAACAAGGCCUUCCACCUGUUCUGCCUGCGGCCGGCACUCUAUGAGAUCCCAGACGGGGAAUGGCAGUGCCCAGCGUGCCAGCCUUCGACAGCCCGGCGCAGUUCACGAAGCAGGAACUAUGCAGAGGAUUCUGGUGAAGAUGAAGGUGAAGAAGGUGAGGAAGCUUCUGAUGAACCAGAUGCUGAGGAGGAAGAAGAGGAGGAAGAAGACUAUGAAGUUGCUGGACUAAAAUUGAGGCCCAGGAAGGCAGCCCAGGGCAAGCAGGGCUCCAUGUACUCCUUGAGGCAGGGAAGGCACCAGAGGAAGAAGCAGACAUUGCACUCUGUGCGGGGACCCCGGCAGCGCAUGGCGCCUGUCAACGGUGCAGACAUCGAUGAGCUGGUCCUUCAGACAAAGAGGACAGCGCGUCGCCAGAACCUUGAGCUGCAGAAGUGUGAGGAAAUCCUCAGCAAGCUGAUCAAAUACCGCUUCAGCUGGCCCUUCAGGGAGCCAGUGACCACAGAGGAAGCUGAAGACUACUUUGAGGUCAUCAGCAACCCCAUGGACUUCCAGACUAUGCAGAGCAAGUGCUCUUGUGGCAGUUACCGCUCUGUGCAGGAGUUCCUCUCCGACAUGAAGCAGGUGUUCUCCAAUGCUGAGCGCUACAACCAGAAUGGGAGUCACGUACUGUCCUGCCUGGAGAAGACAGAGCAGUGUUUGAUUGACAUGGUGCACAAACACCUGCCAGGCCACACAUAUGCACGCAGGAAACGCAAGAAGCUCUCUGCUAGGUGCCAGGGACUGGAGGAGCAGGAAGGGGACAGUGAGUCAGAGCCCCUUGAACAUUCCCGGGGGCGGAAAAGGAAGAAGUGA